AUGAAGAGCGCGACCGUCUGCCUGCUCUUGCUCUGGCAGGCCGCUGCCGUAUUGUGUACGAACGCGCAGUACUAUCACGACACUCAGAGAGAAAAGGCUGCACGGCGUCCGCCCAAGAACCAUGGCCUUGGCCCGAAACCGGACCUGGUCGAGGACCAGAGCCAGCCCGCGGUCCGGCAACCAGGAGCCCAUCUUGUAGACGCCGCUCUCGCCGAGCUCCAAAAGGUUCCGCGAUCAUCACACGGCCGACGGCGACAAACUUCCAGCAUCGUCGUCUCUGCUUUCCGAUAUGUCCUCAAGACGAUCCCAACCGGUCCCGCCACUGCGCCAUCCCAGGAAAAGCCGCCAACGGCUACCGGCGGGCCCGUCUCGAGCGCCGUUGAGCUACUCCGGCAAGCCGCCCAUCAAAACAACUCGGACGCCCACUACAUCCUCGCCGAGCUCAACUUCUUCGGCAACUACAGCCACCCUCGAAACCUCCACGUGGCUUUUGACCACUACCGCCAACUUGCGUCGAGGCACGGAAACACCACGGCGCAGUAUAUGCUGGGUCUCUACUACUCGACCGGGGUAGGCGGUGUCGUCGCCCGGGACCAGGCAAGGGCCCUACUUUAUUACUCGUUUGCGGCCAUCAGGGGCGAUACCCGAGCCGAGAUGGCGACAGCGUUUCGACACCACGGGGGCAUCGGCGCCAGUAAAGACUGCGAGACGGCCGUCAAAUACUACAAGCGAGUCGCCGACAAGGCCAUCAACUGGCAUCGCUCUGGACCCCCAGGUGGAAUGUCGUGGGUGUACCAAGCGUGGCGCAUCGCCGACGACGAGGGCGGCGUCUAUGGAGAAGGCGCCAGUGUGUCCAGCUCUGGCAUCAACUCUCGAAAGUCGAGCCCGCAUUCGGAUGCGCAUGCCGCCAUCGGCGACGUCAUCGAAUACCUGGAUCUCGUGUCGCAGAAAGGCGACUCCAAGGCUUCGUACAACCUCGGAAGAAUAUACUACGAAGGACAGCGCGGCCUCGACAAAGACUUCGAUCUGGCCCGCAAGUACUUUUUUCUCGUCGCGUCGAGGUACUGGAAAAGGGACAACCGCGUGGUCGAGGGCUACACCAAGGAGAUUGAGAAGAUGGCUGGUAAGGCCGCCGGUUUCAUCGGGCGGAUGUAUCUCCGGGGCGACGGCGUGGUCCAGAACUUUGAACGAGCCAAGGUCUGGUUCGACCGCGGCGUCUCGCUCGGCGACGCGCAGUCGCAAUACGGCAAAGGCCUGAUGCUGUUGAACGGACAUGGCGGCAAGGAAAAUGUCAAGCUGGCCAUGGAGCUGUUUGCGGCAUCGGCGAACCAAGACUAUGCUCCGGCACAGGUCCAGAUGGGCCGGCUCUACCUCGACCAAGGCGAGCCCGACGACCUGAGAAUCGCCAACAACCACUUUGAGCUCGCGGCCAGGCAUGGGAACAUCGAGGCGCACUACUACCUGGCCGAGAUGGUCUACCACGGAGUUGGUAGGGAAAAACUCUGUGGGAUGGCCCUUAACUACUACAAAAACGUGGCCGAGAAGGCAGAACCGCUGGUGUCUUCAUGGGCCGACGCCAACGACGCAUACGAGACCGGAGACUACGAGCUCGCUCUGCUCCAAUACCUCAUGGCUGCCGAGCAGGGAUACGAAAAGGCGCAGACCAACAUGGCGUACAUGGUCGACAAGUUCCGGUCCCGGCUGCCCAUUUCGGAGUGGCUCCGCAAGCCCAAGGAGGAGGGCGGCCUGCUGGACAACCCGGGUCUGGCGCUCAUCUACUGGACCCGGUCCUCGAGACAAGCCAACAUUGACUCCCUGGUGAAGAUGGGAGACUAUUACUUUUACGGCAUCGGGACCGAGCAGGACGUGGGCAAGGCUGUGCUCUGCUACACGGGAGCAUCGGACUACUCGCAGAGCGCGCAGGCCCUCUUCAACCUGGGAUGGAUGCACGAGAACGGAGUCGGGCUGACGCAGGACUUCCAUCUCGCCAAACGAUACUACGACCACGCGCUCGAGGUGAACGAGGAGGCAUAUCUCCCCGUGACGUUGGGGCUGCUGAAGCUGCGCAUCCGUAGCGCGUGGAAUACGCUCACGCAUGGCCCCAUCCACUCGAUCCAGGACGAGCCCAAAAAGGGCAAGGAUUGGUCUCUUUCCGAGUGGAUUGCCAACUUCUUGCAGGACGACAAGCUCUACGACGACGAGCUGUACGGGGACGAGGGGCUGGAUGGGACGAUUGGCGCCGGGGAGGAAGGCCUCGAGGACGGCGGACUGCUGGAGAGUGUGGUGAUUAUUGGCGUCACCUCGGGGCUCGUGCUCCUCCUUUGGUGGCGACAGAGGGUGCAGCAGGCCAACGCGCAGGCGGACGAAGAGAGGAGACGGAACCGGGGGCAGCCGGCGCACCAGGCGCAGGGCGACCAUGGAGAGGGCAACGGCGUCUUCCGGGAGUGGGCAGCCGGCGGCAUAGGGCUGUGA